UAUGUAUUAAUUUUCUAAGGUUAUUUGUGUUAGGUCAGAAGUGUCAGGUGUACGCUUUUAUAAUAAAAAAGAUUAUUUCAUUUGCACGGUGUAUUGUCCGAGUUCCUAAAAUUUAACGUAUUCAUCAGUUUGAUACAAAUAAUUAUACAACCUGUUGAAACAUUUGUUUGUUUUAAUGUAUGAUCGUUCAAUCGCAAUUAUUAUUUGUAAUUUCUUAAAUUGGUUUUACAUAGCUAUAUAUAUCUAUCACUAUUUCGAGUGUAAUAUUGAAAUAAUUAAGUAGGUGUGCAUGAAAAAAUCACGAGUACUAAUACAAUUUAAUUUAAAUCAAUAAGUAUUAUUGACAAUAAAAAGCAUUCGCUGACUAAAAUAGAUUCUAAAGAUGACUCAAUAUGUGGAAGCAAGUUCUGCAAUCAAAUGGCAUUCUUUAAUGGAUAUUACUAAUUUUUUACCAUAUCCAUUAAAUAUGUGGAACAAGAUUGUUAUAACUGAAGAUCUUACUGAAAACAAUAAUAGGAUUAAAAAUGUUAACACUUUCUUAGGAUAUUUUAUUUUACUUUGGGCAACUCUUUAUCUUGCAUAUAAAAAAUGUUUAAAUUCAUUGCUUCGUCGUAUGUGUAUUCCAUUGAUGCAGAGGUAUAGGAUAAUUGAAUCGGUAUGGAAUUGUGGAUUUUGCUUCUGCAGCAUUUGGUACAUUAUGUAUAUGCCUACCAAGAAUUUAAAUUUUUCUCUUAAUGGAUGGAAUAUAACGCAUCAGGAAUUGGCUAUUAUUUUAUAUAAAAGUUUCUUCUUUCAUCGUGCUGGUGUUGCUAUUAUAUGUUAUAGCGCUUGGAUUCAUGGUUUAGCAAAUCUGUUAUUUGCAUCGUACAUCUUAAAUAUGCUUUAUGAAAAGCGGUGUAAGAUAGAAAAUGUCUUCCUAUUCUAUAGAUCUAUUGACAUAAUAUUAAUAGAUAUUUGCAGGAUUUUGAUAUGUAGUACUCAAGUUAUCGGUGAAGUUGGAAAAUUAUUUGCUAAAUGGACUGCUACCCUAUUAUUCUCAAUUCACUGUCUCAAUUGGGUCUAUUUAUACAUAUUUUUUAUACCUAAAAUGAUGUGGCCAGAAAAAGUGGAUCUCGCUUUGUUGCUAUGGUUUCUUGCGGAAUGUUCAAAUUCGGUAUUGUUAAAACUAUGCGAAUGCGCUAAAGCAACUCAUUGGCUUGAAAUUUGCCUUUUUCCCCCACCUUCUAAAGAAGCAAUCGAACUUGCUAAUAUACAAAAAAGGCAUAAAAAAUCUAUGAAGAAAUCAGUUAAUGUUAAACCAAAGAAAAAUGAACUUGCGAAAGCAUUACUAUGUGCAAUGGUGAUUAAGAAGAAAAUUCAUAGGAUUCGAAGUGAAAAAGACACGAAAUUUCAACAAAAUAAUUUAAAACCUACGUAUCCGACGAAGAAUUUACGGGAGUCGUAGAGGAAAUAAAUUCAAACAAUUAUGAUAUA